UUAAUCACCCAAAAAGUAAAUAAUAAGAAAGAGCUAGGGAUCUCGAUCUCAAUCUUGUUCUCUCCGGCGACAACCUCGGAUUGUUUCCGGUGAGAUCCCGACCCGAUUCGAUCCAUAGAAUCUUACAGACCCUGACCCCAAUAUCCAUGGCUCCCGUUUCAGCUCUAGCCAAAUACAAGUUGGUUUUCUUAGGGGAUCAGUCUGUUGGGAAAACCAGUAUCAUCACUGGCUUCAUGUUCGAUAAAUUCGAUAACACCUACCAGGCUACUUCCUAUCCAAAACAAUGUAUCUCGAGGAUCGAACUGUUCGAUUGCAGCUAUGGGAUACUGCAGGACAGUAAAGGUUCAGGAGUCUUAUUCCAAGUUACAUUAGGGAUUCCUCCGUGGCUGUUAUUGUCUAUGAUGUUGCAAGUAUGUCACCAGUUUCACUCUGUACUCCUGCUUUUUAAUCUUUCUAUCUCAUUUGUUUGCUUGUUCAGAUAUGUUUUAUGCAUGUUUAUAUGGGCAGUAUGUUUCCAAUUUGUGAAAUGCAAUCUUGCAUAUUCGUUUUCCUACUUUAUUUGUUAUUCAUUUGCUUAGUAAAAACGGCUGAAG